GGUGUCAGUUUGUUAAAUGUUAAAUUGUUAACGUUAAGGUCAUUUAUUUUCGUCUGCACGGUAGUCCGUAAUGUUGUAGUACCUAUAUAUUAUUAUAUUUUAUAUAGAUAAUACAGCUAUAUAGUAUUUUUGAUACUCACUACUCAGUGAUCUCCACUCGUUGAUAAAAACGUACGUCAUUCCGCAUUCGUCAGUGGUCGGUCCAGUCGUUCGUAUAGUAAAUUACACCCGAAGGUGCUCUUAUCGUCUAAAGUGUCGAAACAACCCCUACGACACGAGGCCGCUUGAACGGAAAAACGUAUCCCGAACAACACGUUAUCCGGCACGCGCACCCACCCCGCUCGUCGUACCUCCCACUCAAAGUCUACAGACGGUACGAAAAACGAUGUGAGCUGCGGCCGUCGGCGAGCCAAUUUUUCGACCGUUGGGCGGUAGUGCCUACUGCCUCUCCCCUCGCACGAGUUCGCGCACUCGUCCGAUGCCCGUUGUUGCGACUUUUUAUUUCGUUUAUUUAAUAUAACAAUAUUUUACAAGGAACCGACGUGUGUGUCUUCUGCAGUUAACAUUGAACGUUCCAUUUUCACAUAUUGAAAUUUUUUUCGUAUGGUGUAAUCGACAUGAAAACCGACUUAACCAUAGAGAUGCCAGACGGACGGUUAAAACAAUUUGGUUACAGAGCUACUGUAACAUGCAAAGUUAUCAUCCGCAUAUUGUUUGUACUUAUUAACAACAUCUAUUGUAUACCAACAUAUUGUGUUUGGAUGAUUAUAUUUUUCCCUUUGCGGAAGAUUCACCCAAAUCUAUAUUGGAAACUUGAAGGCUUAUUUUUCCAUUGGCUAUUAGCAAUGGUUUCUAUGUGGUCUUGGUCAGCUGGUUAUGACAUUGUUGAAAUGGGUGAUGAUAUUAGGUUAUGUUUGAAUGAUCGUACACUAGUGUUAGUUAAUCACCAAUCUACAGCAGAUGUGCCAAUGCUAAUGACAAAUUUUAAUUCCAAGGCCGGUGUGUUGCCCAAUAUUAUGUGGAUCAUGGACAGGAUAUUCAAGUUUACUAAUUUUGGUAUUGUUUCUAUUAUACAUCAAGAUUUUUUUAUCUUAUCAGGUAAAGAUCAGAGAGAACAAGCUGUUAAAGAAUUAAGAACUCACAUUCGUGGAUCAUAUUUGCCUCGUCAGCGAAAAUUAAUUAUUUUAUUUCCAGAAGGUGGAUUUUUAAGAAAAAGACGAGAAGCUAGUCAAAGGUAUGCACAGAAAAACAAUUUACCUUUACUAGAACAUGUUACGUUACCAAGAUUAGGAGCUUUUUCAGCAAUCAUUGAUGAACUUUCACCAAAACAAACAAAAUAUGGUGGUGUGACAAACAAUAAUACUGAAUUCAAUGAAAAUACUGACAAAUUAGCGUGGAUUUUGGAUGUAACAGUUGCAUACUCCGAAGGAAGACCGUUGGAUUUACCUACUAUUAUUAUGGGUCAGAGAAGAGCUUGCCGUACACAUAUGUACUACAGAUUAUUUCCCAGUUCACUUGUUCCUAGAGAACAAGAAGAAAUGACUAAAUGGUUAUUUGAUCGCUGGGAAGAAAAAGAACGUAUCCUAGAGACAUUCUAUUCCACUGGUGAAUUCCCCAGUCAUAAAGGAUCACGUCAAUCAGCUGUUAUCCAACAGGAUUGCGUACGGUUCCUUAUAUUACAUCUAUUUUUUAUUGCAUCGUCAUAUGCCCACUACAGAAUUAUUCAUUAUUUGAUUGGAUUAGUAUGGUAAACUUGAAGAAACUAGAAAAAAAAUAACAAACAAAGAGAGGAAGAACGAACAUUAUUUAUGUGGAGUUUUUCUGUAUACAUAUAUUUAUUUUAUAUAUGUAUAUACUAUAAACUUAUAUAACAGCUGGUAAUAAAACCAAUGAAUAAAUGUGAUUGAACUCUAGGUUGUUGUAAAAAAUACAAAAUAAACAUUUUUAUAAAUAACAUUAACAUCUAAAGAUAUCACUUACAAAAUAACUUAACUAAAAAGCACGAACGAGUUUAGUAACUGUGAUUUACUUUUAUAUGUUUCAUAUUUAAAUUAUUAUAUGAACAUCGGUGUUUAUUUUGUUUUCUUCUAACUAUUGAUUUAAUUUUGUUUUUUUUUUUUGUAAAUAUCAAUAUUGUAAUUUUAAGAAUCAUCAUUUUAUUAUUGUUCUUUUCUUUUUCUUAUAUAUAUAUAUAUUUAAUAUAAUAUACAUAUUUAUAUUUAUAGGCUCUGUAUUUUAAUGUAAAGUAUGAUUUACUAAUACAUUUGUAUUUUAUUUUGAGAUGAACCUUAUGACAUAUUGUGCUUGUGAUUUGAGGAUCAAUAUUAAUCAGGCCUCUGAACCUAUAGGUUUGAUGAUUAUAUCUUGCACCUGAAAUAAAUUGUUUUAACUGUUAAACUAUAAAAAAACUUGUAUAUUAUUAAUAUUUAUUAUUUUCCAAUAUAUGACAAUUUUGGAAAAUAAUUCUCCAAGGUUAGCAUUUAUUUUGAAGAUAAAUUAAAGCUUUGUAUUUAUUUUAAUGCGUUAAAUGUUUUUGUAUGCCAACUAAUGUGUGCAAGAUAUCAUGUUAAUUAUUAGUCUUCUGUGUUGUGACUGUGAUAACAUUUAUAUAAUAUAUUAUAUUAUAUUUUAUAGUAUACGAUUUAUUCUUGUAUUGUUAUACAUUUUCACUUUAAAUUUACAUUUUACUUAACUAAAAUCAAUCACUGUACAGAAGACAUUUGUAGAUUGUAAUCAUCCAUUUGUUUUAUUGUUUUCUUGACAUUAUGACAUAUUAUUUUGUGAAUCAUUUUUAUUUUUUAUAAUUUUGUGGAUAUAUUAUAUAUAUACAUAUAUAUGUGUGUGUAUAUUAUACUUCCUCUUAAACACCAUUUUAUACUGUUUUUUUUUAUUAUUAUUAUUUAUUAAAACAAACGUUAUUUCUUUUACUAUAA